AUGUCUGCAUCAAAUAUAAAUGGAAUUUCUUUAUCAUUUAAAAAUUCUAUAAUUUUAGAAAUUAAAUUUAAAGUACUGUCUGAAAUUCUUCCCAAGCCUGGUCCAAUAACACAGGCUGUAAUUUUAUUUAAAAUUCUUACAUUAAAUUCUAUUUUACCUACUGCUGCUUCAGGCAGUAGGGAUUUUAAAGCUAUUCUACAUUCUAAAUCAUCACAGUAA